CCUAUUUCCCACUAAAAAAAACCCUGAACAAAAUAAACCCUAAAAAUUAAAAACCCUACAACCAAAUCCAAACGAUCUGGAAACUCACGAGAUCAUCGAAACAGAGUUCAUUAAUCAGAGGGGAAGAGAUCAAAAGUAUUAAAAAUGGCUGAUUUUCUAACUUCUACUCACCGAGCCAAGUGGAUUUUCACCCCCCAAGAAUUGAAAGAGAAACACAAGGCUGCUAAUCAUAGAGCAAAACAGAUGCUUGAGAAGUAUGGAGCAACAAGGGUGGAUGUAGAUCUUGAUGGUUCUUUGUCCUAUCCCGAGCCUCAAAAUGAUGCAAAAGAAAAUGCUGAGAAGCAUUCUCGUUCAAAACCACUUAAGGUAGAUGAAGAACAACUUUUGCGGGCAUUUUAUGAGUACAAAAUUCAAGAUGUGUGUGAUGCCUUUAAAUUCCCUCCAAAAAUACAGGCAACAGCUCUCAUAUAUUUCAAAAGGUUUUACCUGCAGUGGUCGGUGAUGGAGCAUCAUCCGAAAGAUAUCAUGUUGACUUGCAUAUAUACAGCAUGUAAAGCCGAAGAAAACCAUGUAUCAGCUGAAGAGCUUGGUAAGGGAAUUGAUCAGGAUCAUCAAGUGAUUCUCAAUAAUGAGAUCGUUGUUCUUCAGUCACUUGGAUUUGAUCUUAUCGUCUAUUCACCUUACCGCUCAAUUGAUGGUUUUAUCAAUGACAUGGAGGAUUUUAUUUAUUCACACAACGGCCAACUUCAACAUUUGAAGGAUUUACACGAGACAGCAAAGAUGGUAGCAGAUACAACAAUGCGUACAGAGGCACCUCUACUGUUUUCACCUGGCCAGCUGGCAUUGGCUGCUUUGCGUAGAGCAAACGCAGAGCAUCAAGUGGUUGACUUUGAAAGAUAUAUGAAUAACAUUCUUUCCCGUCAGCAUCCAACGAGACCUGCUCAUGAGCUCACUCUUCAUCUGAAUGCUAUUGACCAGCUGGUAGAUAAACUUUCGACUCCAACUGCUGCAGAGAUGAAACAUAUUGACCGAAAGCUCAAAUAUUGCCGGGAUCCGGGUUCACAUGACAAGAGUAAGAAGCGAAAGCAUAGAUCAAAAGACUAAUACCUCCAACAUGGUUAUUACCUGGACUGAUUUCAAAAUUUUGGGUGCAGAGAAUGGUUAUCGAUUUACUUUACAGUAUAUUUUUGUAAGUUAACUAUGUUUGAAAACAAAAUUCAAACAUUUGCAUACACGAGAAGGAAGACUUGUAAUGUAUCGGAUAUUGACUUCUGUAAUUUUUUUUGUUUGCAGAAGUAUGUGGCUACCUUCAUUUAAAAAGUGACAAGUGAGAGAGUUAAUUGUCUCGCUCCAACUUGUAAAAAUAUUCAUAUAAUUAGAAUAUUUCCCCAAGUUUCAUUAGGAAUUAGUGUCUUUUUUAACCUGUUGUGUUAUUACUGAUGUGAUUAAUAGAGAAACGCUAGGUAUAUAAACAUGUAGAAUCUUUUUGGUAGCAAGGUGCCAAGGUCUAUGAUGUGUUGAUGCCUUCUCUCCAACUCAGAUUGAAAGAGAGUAUAAAAGUUGUUUUUGGUGUCUGAACCAUCUGACUUGUUUCUUUGGAUGAAAAUUGUAAUUUUGGUGCUUGAGAA